GGACGGGGGCGUGCCGAGGCGCGUGCACAGCGAGAAAGAUGGCUGAAAAUCAGAAAGAGAUAAAAAAGUAAAUAAAGUGCAAAAUCUAUCAGAAGGUCCAAGAACAGAGAGGAGAACCGUUUCUGGAGCUGCUGCGGCCUAAAUCUGCCGGAACUUAGCGGGAGGUGCUGGAAACGUCCGAGCGGAACUUCUCCAUGAAACGCAGCAGGUUGUUGUUCUGUUCUGUCCUCAAGACUCCAUUUCCCAUCAUGCCUGUCGACAUGGCCAUAAGGAUCUGCCUCGCCAGCUCUCCUCCACCUUACUCCUUCCUCAGUAACCAUGACAACCAUCGGUACAUGCCAGCUGUCGUGUCGCCACUUCGUCCAUGCCUGUCCUCUGUCUGCUGCAGCUCCGUCUCAGCGGAAACCCUGGCCUCGCCAGAAGCUGUGCCGCCGAAGAGGAGCCUGAGGAAGAGCGUGAUGUUUGCGGAUUCUCAGGGUCUGGCGCUCACCACCGUUUACGUCUUCACCGAGGACGAGUAUGACCCGCUGGCGGAGCUGCAGUUCCACCUGACAGAGUUGGAGGGCGCCACUGAAGCACUGUGUCUGGAAAACGUCAAAGACUCAGCAGAAUCUGGUUCUGGCCUGGUCCUGGACUUUACUCCACCAGCUGCAGACUAUCUGGACCUGAGAAACCGACUUAAAGUGCAGCAGGUUUGCCUGGAGACUUGUUCAGUACAGGACCACCUUCUCUCUGGUACCAUUCAGGUCCGGAACAUCUGCUUUGAGAAGUCUGUCUUGGUCCGAAUCACGUUUGAUUCCUGGAACUCCUUCCGGGACAUCAAGUGCCAGUACCUGAACAAUGUCUACGGCUCCCCCGACACUGACACCUUCACCUUCUCCAUCUCUGUACUGCCGGACAGGGAUUCGCCCAGUGGAGUGGAGUUUUGCAUCAAGUACCAGACAGAGGACCAGACUUACUGGGAUAACAACCUCGGGAACAACUACCGGUUGUCUACGGUGGAUCCGACCGGCUGUCCAAACUGGGUUUCUGAAAGGAGCACACGGCGGGAGAUUCAGAGGGACAGCAGUGGACAGAACAAAGACAAGAUGGAGUUUGAUCCUUUUGGAAGUCCCCGGAUGUCAACAGGGAUAUUUCCUGAGUGGCAGAGCUGGGGUCGAGUGGAGACCAGUGCCCCCUACUGGUGAGAGAAGGUUUUAGUUAGACUGAUUUUUAUCCUGCACUGGAAUCUCUGCGUUAUCCUGUAGACCAGAUCACCGCUUUAACCCCAUCCCUCCACCUCCUGAAAGUCCGGAACCUCUUCCAGAGGAUCCCUGAACUCUGCUUCCAUCUAGGUCACAGAGUCAGAACUAAAGAGGCACCAGAACCUCUGAAGGAACCUGCUCCAGAGAAACCCUGAUCUCUGCUGCCAUCUGAUUACAGUUCAUUACAAUCGGUGUCAGAGCUCAAAGAUGCACCAGAACCAAAACGGAUCCAAGUAUCUAAACAAAACACUGGGAAUUAGUCCGGGUUCAGAGCCAUCAUACAUUUGCCCCUGAUGUUACCAGAACAGGACCAACGCUGGAUUCUCAGGAACAAAAACUUAGGGAUACCUUGGUAAACCAUGUCUUCUAAGCUUUCGAAGUAUGCAAGUUGAACGUUUAGGAGAACCUUCAGGAGAUUUAAGGAGAAGACCUCAAUGACCUACAAAGGUCCCUAGUGAGUUCGAGAGCUCAGAACUCCACACUGUUCAGGAUCAUUUCUGACACUUCUGCUUCAUGGUAGUGUUCUGACCUAAGACUCCAAAGAUCCAUGCUUUGUUCUCUUCAUGAUGUCACGUCAGAUGAUUUCUGGUCCUCUGAGACCUCCGCCAGAUCAGAAUUCUGUCAAAGCAGUCUUUUUGGGUUCAGGGUUCUUGGAGACCAUUUUUGUAUCCCACAUCAACCUUUCAGAGAUGCAUCAUGUUCACAUCUGACGUCACGACUGGAACCAGUUCCAUAGUUGGGCUUUGGAACUGUUCUGUCAAGAAGAUAUCCUGAUCCCAACCUAACAGGGACGACUUUCCACUGAGGUUGGGAGGCUGGGAACGUUUUUAAAGAUUUUUUGUUUUUGUACCAAGACUUCUCCAGAACCAGGUUUUGGAAUUUUAAAAACACCCUGGACUCUUAUUGGUGUGUUGUAACAUGAGUAUGUCACAAGUUCACAUGUUGGAUUUUAGCCGAUCCUUAAUAUUUUGUUUUGGUGUACUGAUGUGGGUUCCUGUUUCGACUGUGAGCAGCAGGUCUGUUUGAAACUGUUGAUAGCUGGAUUGUUUCUGGUAACACUGACUGAGAUUCUGACCCAUCUAGACUUGAACUAAGAGAAACCAGUGAGUAGCAUUAAUUUCAGGAUUUUUCAGCCACUGUGGGUCAGAAACAGCAAAUCAGAACAAGCCAGAACCACUCUUGGGGUCACAACCAGGAGAUCAGAACCAGUCUCUGUGCUUUACCAGGGUCCCCCAUUGGACAGGUGGUCCAGAUAUUAUACAGGUGUCUUGUUGGACAGGUGGUCCAGGUGUUGCUCCAGACAGUUUAAGUUUAUUUUUGGUUGAAGCUAAAGUCUCCAAUCCUUGUUGUCAUGGUAACUGCUGUAACUCACCUUCCUGAAGCCCUUAAUAGCAGAAAACGCUGCAGUGCUCUUACCUAUAUAUAUGUGUGUGUGUGUGUGUGUGUGUGUGUGUUUAAGAGAGAGGAAAUAUGAAGUGAAUGUGUAUUUUAGGUGGAUGUCAACAUUGUGGUCACCCUGCCGUUGCUGAAAUCUUCAAAUGGGCACUGAAUGCCUCGUGCUGCAUUCAAGUUCCAGCUGCUGAAGCUUCAGGGUGGGCAUAGUCACAGAAUGUUAUCUUUGCAUUAGUGAUGUCACUGUAACAGAAUGAGUAUGAUGAUGUAAUGUAGCUUCCUGUUGUGACAGGAAGUAAUGUAACAAUGAGGACUGACUGAUCCUUUUGUGUUCUUUCAGAACAAAAGUUUAAUAAAAGCUAAUAAAGUUUAAUAAAGGUCA